AUCAUUCUGGAAAUGAAUCAAAUCUGUAGUAUUUCUACAACAUGGUUUAUCGGUUCAAGUGCCGUCUGGGUGACUAAUUUACCGAAUCAAUCUGCCGCAUUUAUAUUUGCUGAUGCGGGAUUUGAUGUAUGGAUGGGUAAUGUUCGUGGUAAUACUUACUCUACCAAACAUAUCAACUACACUCAAAAUGAUUUAAAAUAUUGGAAAUUUACAUUUGAUGAAUUCGCUAAAUAUGAUUUGGAUUCGAUGAUUAAUUAUGUACUCAACAAAACUCGUCAGCAUUCCUUAUAUUAUGUGGGAUAUUCCGAAGGUACUCUAACAAUGUUCGCAAAACUUUCAAUCGAUCAACUUUUUGCUGCGAAAAUUCGUAAAUUUUUUGCUCUUGGACCAAUUGGUACAUUGGCUCAUAUUAAAGGUUUGGUCGAGACUGCUGCGAAAAAUUUUCUUCAACCACUUAAAAUAUUGGUUAAAAUUACCGGUAAAUUUAUGCCCAAUGAAUCAAUAUUUCAAAAGAUCAGUAAAUCAACCUGUUCAUUGAGAAGUAUUGUUGAGCAUUGUGAAAAUUUGAUGUUUCAAAUGACCGGACCUGCUACUAUCCAAAUGAAUGUGAGUCGUAUUCCGGUAUAUAUGAGUCAUCUACCAGCUGGUACUUCCAUGGCAAAUGUUCUCCACUGGGCGCAAAUGGUAAAUAGUCAUAAGACACAAAUGUAUGAUUAUGGUUCAGAAAAUAAAAAUAUGAAACAUUACAAAAUGAAAACGCCACCUCUUUAUAACUUAUCAUUGAUCAAUGCACCUGUUUAUUUGUAUUGGAGUGAGCAAGACUGGUUAGCUGAUAAACGUGAUAUUGAGGAUGGUUUGAUAGCCAAAAUACCGAGCAAAUAUUUGAUACAAAGCAAUGAAUUGCAAAAUUUCAAUCAUUUCGAUUUUAUUUGGGGAAUUCAUGCUGCUGAUCAAAUAUAUAAACCUAUCGUUAGGAUUAUAAGGAAUGAUGAAGCCAAUCAAUAAACCAAAUUAUAUGUCCGUAACUUUAAACUGGAAAUGACU